AUGGCUCUGUCCCUGUCCGGCGAGUCGGUCCCCCGAGACGGCGGAGACGCGCUCGGGAUGAGCCCUGGCCUCACCUCCUACUAUCCCUCUUUCCUCCCUCCCGCCCAGUACUUCGAGGCGGCCCCCGACUUCUUCCAGCCCCUGAAACCCCUGGGCGGGCUGGUUCCCUCCUCCCCGCCUCUGCCCUCCUUCUCCUUCAGCAGGGUCCCCGCUUUCCUGACCCAGCCGCCUCCCCUGCCAGCCGAGCCUUUCCCUAGCCUCCCCUUGCCCUUCUACACCAAGGUGCCGGUUCCUUUCCCUCCCAGCGAGGGCUCGGCCCGCGGGACGGGGGCCUUGGGAUCGCCGUCGCCGCCCUAUCCGAGCCCCCUGCUAAGGACUGCCCGUAGCCCGGGGGCUGACGGGGCAGCGGGGCAGAGCUGCCGGUACCGCUUCACCGAGAAGGAGCUCAACGCGGUGCUAUACGGGGCGCUCCGGAGCAACCAGCCGACCGGGAGCCUCCACGCCAUCUCGGGGCUCCGGGUGUCCCCCGCCAGCUCGGGCGCUGCGGACUCCUCCGCCUCGCCGCUCGACUGGGACUCGCUGCAGUUACCCGAAGGGCUCUCGGUGUUGCGGUUGGCCUACGGGGACGUGUCUCACCUCGGAGUCUUCUGCACGGACCCCAUCCCCAAAGGAGUCCGCUUCGGCCCUUUCCAAGGCAAAGUGAUCAACACCAGCGAGAUCAAGACUUACGACGACAACUCGCUGAUGUGGGAGAUCUUUGAAUACGGUCGCUUGAGCCAUUUCAUAGACGGGAAGGGCGCCGCUGGCAACUGGAUGUCUCUGGUGAACUGUGCCAGGUUCCCCGAGGAGCAGAAUCUGACGGCUAUCCAGUGUCAGGGAGAAAUCUUCUACGAGACCUGCAGGGAAAUCUUCCCUAAACAGGAGCUGCUGGUGUGGUACGGUGAUUGCUACGUGCAGUUCCUGGGCAUCCCCAUAAGCUUGAAGGCCAUGUCGGAAGGGAAGCCUCCGCAGCACCCCGAAGAAGCCGGGGACAGCUUCAAGUGUGAGCGCUGCGGCAAGGUUUUUGCCUACAAGUACUAUCGGGACAAACACCUCAAGUACACUCGCUGCGUGGAUCAGGGGGACCGCAAAUUUCCUUGUCACCUUUGUGACCGAUCCUUCGAAAAAAGAGACAGGCUGAGAAUCCAUAUUCUACACGUUCACGAAAAGCACAGACCUCACAAGUGCUCUGUGUGUGGGAAGAGCUUUUCUCAGUCCUCCAGCCUGAACAAACAUAUGAGGGUUCACUCUGGGGAGCGCCCCUACAAAUGUGUCUACUGCAACAAGGCAUUCACGGCAUCCAGCAUCCUGCGCACUCACAUCCGCCAGCACUCAGGGGAGAAGCCCUUCAAGUGCAAGCACUGCGGCAAAGCCUUUGCCUCACAUGCAGCCCACGACAGCCACGUGCGGCGCACGCACAGCAAGGAGAAGGGCUGCACAGGAGAAGGGCUGCACAGUGCCCAGCGUGCGGCCAGCACUUCUCUGAGCAGGAGGAUUACAACUUCCACAUGA